AUGAACAUGUUUCUCACUAUCUCCUUCUUCAUUUUCUCUCUACUUUCACUCUCUCAUGCAUCAGUAGUAGAUUUCUGCGUAGCAGAUUACAAUGCACCAAACGGCCCAGCCGGAUAUUCAUGCAAAACACCCAAAAAAGUAACCGCCGAUGACUUCGUCUUCCACGGCCUAGCCACAAGUGGAAACACCACAAACAUUAUCAAAGCCGCUGUUACACCAGCAUUCGACGCACAAUUUCCUGGCGUAAACGGACUUGGAAUUUCCAUUGCGCGUUUAGAUUUAGCUGGAGGUGGAGUCAUUCCACUUCACACUCACCCCGGUGCUUCCGAGAUAUUGGUUGUUGUUCAAGGAACAAUCUGUGCUGGUUUUGUUUCAUCUGACAAUGUUGUUUACCUUGAAACACUUUACAAAGGUGAUGUUAUGGUUUUUCCUCAAGGGUUGUUGCAUUUCCAAAUUAAUAGUGGUGGUUCUAAUGCACUUGCUUUUGUUAGCUUUAGUAGUGCUAAUCCUGGUUUACAGAUAUUGGAUUUCGCUUUGUUUAAAAGUGAUUUUCCUACUGAGCUGAUUACACAAACUACUUUCAUUGAUGCUGUUGUGGUGAAGAAGCUUAAGGGUGUUCUUGGAGGUAGUGGUUAA